AUGAAGUGGAGCGUCCGCGGGGCCUGCGCCGCGCUCUCCUCCUGCCUGCUGCUCGCCUGCGCGCUCAGCGCCGCCGCCGUCGGCCUCAAGUGCUUCUCGCUGGGCUCGGAGCUGCGCGGGGAGCCGUUCCGGCUGGGGGCGGCCGCCGGCGCCUUCUACUCGGGGCUGCUGCUGGCCGCCGGCCUCUCGCUGCUCGGCGCCGCCCUGCUCUGCUGCGGGCCCCGGGACGCGCCGCUCGCGGGGCCGGCGCGGGGCCCGGGGCUCGGGGCGGCCGCGGCGCGCGCGGGGGCCGCGGAGGCCGCGCCCGGGGAGCCGGGGAACGGCGCGGGGCCCGCGGGGCCGGCGAAGAGCCACAACCUGCUCCUGCUCGGCGUCCUGGUCUUCAUGCUCGGGGUCCUCAGCGCCUUCGCGGGCGCCGUGAUCGACGGCGACACCGUGUCGCUCGUGGAACGCAAGUACUCCCACUACUGCCUGCCGCCCCGCGCGCCGCCCGCGCCCCCGGCGCCCCCCGCGCCGCCCGCGCCCCCCGCGCCCCGCGCCCGCAGCGCCCUGGACAGCGCCACGUCCGCCAAGUGCCGCCAGCUCAAGGACUACCAGCGCGGCCUGGUGCUCUCCACCGUCUUCAACUCGCUCGAGUGCCUGCUGGGCCUGCUCAGCCUGCUGCUCGUCAAGAACUACCGCGCGUCGCAGGCUCGGCGCGGCCGGCGCGGCCGGAGGAGGGCGGCCCGGGCCCCGGCGCGGCCCCGCGGCGGCCCCGGGCUCCGCGCGCAGCCUGCGGCCUCCCGGGCGCGGCGGGGCCGGCGGGGGCGGCGGGGGCGGCGGCUGCAGCCGCGGCCGAGCGAGGCGUCCAUCCUGGCGCCGGAGGAGUCGGACCUGGCCGCCCCCGGGGACUGCGCGGGCCUCGCGGCGCGCCACGCCGUGUCCUACAUCAGCGUGGGCGUCCUGCACGCGCGGGACGAGGCGGGCGCGGAGGUGCGCUGCGGGGGGCACCCGUCGGUGGAGCUGCCGGGCUACGCGCCCUCGGACCCCGACCUCAACGCCUCCUACCCCUACUGCUGCCGGCCGCCGUGCGAGGCGGGGCGCGCGUGGGAGCCGGGCCGGGCCUGCUGA